AUGUCUGCUACAUUUAACGUUUUAAGAUACUCUGUUUUGGGGGCAGGAAUUGUUUAUGGUGCUGUGCACAGAUACAACUUAGAGUCAAGUGAGAAGCAGCUUCAGGCUACGAAAAAAUGGAAGCUGGAAGAGAAGUUAAUUAGACAAGCAAAAGCUGAAUACGCUAAGCUUAAUGCUCCUAAAGAUGUGUCUACAAAGGCAGGCUCUGUAAAUUGGGAGGAUCCAAAUUUAGAUAUUGGUAAGGCAUUGGAGUCACUUAUUCAAAAGUUAGAUUGA